AUGCGAGAUAUCAGCACCACCCUUGAAUACGCUGAAACCGGCCUGGACCCCAGCCUGCAGGUGGAUUCAGCAUGGGCAAGAUUUGCAGAUAUGGCUGUCAUCGGUUUGACCGGGGAGCAGGUCACCAAGCUUGGCAAGGACCCUGCCCUGACAGCCAAGGCGCCUCCCAGCUGGGGCGCGGGCAACGAGACCUACCUAGCACAGCUCGACGCCGUCCAUCUCGCGCACUGCCUCGACUCUAUGCGAAAGAGCCUUUAUUACAACUUUCACUACUACUAUCCCGACGGCACAUCAGACGUCUACGCUGCGCAUCUGAUGCACUGCCAGGAAGCGCUCGCCAAGUGGCUCAUGUGCCAACCGAGCAUGGAGCUGCUCACGUUUAAUUGGGUGCAAGGCCAUGAUGGGCCGUUUCCAGACUUUGACAUGACGCGAAAGUGCUGGGACUAUGACCAGCUGUUGGAGUGGCAGGACAAGCAUAGAGUGCAGACCAUUAAUACGGCCGAGUGGAGAGCUAUGAGGGCGCCCAAAGGUGCCAAGUGGAAGCCAUCGCCGAUUCUGUACCAGGAAUCUCUCAGCCGUGCCCCUUUUCAUGGAUAG